AUGGCACCCGCGCCGCAAACCGUCCUCGCGCUUUCGUCGUCCCCGCUCCCCUCUCUCCCGUCCAUCUCGCUUCUCCCCUUCUCGCUCGCACACGACGGCCCAGCGCCCAUCUCGACCUACUUCCGACCUCGUCCGUACCCAUCCACAUCUGAAGCUGAACCAGCGCACCGGCAGGCGAGUUUCAGGGGAAGGAGGGUCGUCUCGACUGUCCUCUCCCUCCCCGAAGGCUACCAGGGACUCGUCUUUUCGACUUCGGCGCCUCUCCCGCCGACUGCCGCUCAAGACGAGGUCGACGAGGCUUCGCAGGAACGAGAGGAGCGGGCGGCGAAGAGGGCGAAGAGGGCGGCCGCUUCUGCCGCUGCGCUCGCGACGAGUGCGCUCGAGGAGGACGAGGGCGACAGCGCAGCCGCAGACGGACUCAGGAGGUCCCCGAGGAAGGGAACGGCGGUGAGCACGGCUGCAGCCAGGGCGAGGGAAAGGGCUGUACGCGCCGCGAAGGAAAAGGCGAAGCAGGCGGCGGCAGCAAAGGGCAAGAACAAGGGAGGAUUCUCGCUUGACAGCGACGAGGAGGAACAGGCUACCGAGCAGCAGGAGGAGCAGGAGAUGGCGGCCGUCGAAGUGCAGGAGACGCAGGUCGUCGAGAUCAGCGAGACGGAGGUCAAGACGGACGCCGGCACUCUGGAGGUCACAAGCGCCGAGGAGACGACGACAAUUGAAGUCGUCGCCGCACCACCGCCCGCCCCCUUACGCACCACUUCCGCCCUUUCAACCGCUUCCGCCUCGCAAAUCCCCUCAACCCCUCUCUCGACAACCGCCUCCUUCUCCUCCCUCAACCCCUUCGACGCGCCCGUCGCUCUCGCACGAGACGAGAAGCACCUCCGCCCGUGCGCGACGUUCGACACCAUCGAGGUUUGGAACCCUGAUUGGCCUGUUGCUGGCGGACGCGUUGCGGAGGAGGACGCGGUCGGCAAGACGGUGAGCGAGUGGAUGAGGCUCGCGAGCAAGAUCCACUCUUACUGA